GGCUGGAUCUUCCUCAUUCAGUAUCCAGUGUUCAUGCGAACAAGUUGUGUGAACUAGGAAACAUGCAGAAGCUAACUUUGUUCGUGGUUGCGCUUGCGACGGUCGUGUUGCAUUGCGAUGCGAAAUAUUUCGCUACAAGAUGCGAGCUGGUACAUGAGUUGAGGAGGCAAGGAUUCCCAGAGGAUAAGAUGAGGGAUUGGGUAUGCCUGAUAGAAAACGAGAGCGGCAGGAAGACAGACAAAGUGGGCAGAGUGAACAAGAACGGUUCCCGAGACUACGGCCUGUAUCAGAUCAACGAUAAGUAUUGGUGUAGCAACACCAGUACUCCUGGGAAGGACUGCAAUGUCACAUGUGCUGAAAUGCUCUUAGAUGACAUUACGAAAGCGUCGACUUGCGCCAAGAAGAUCUACAAACGCCACAAGUUUGAGGCGUGGUACGGAUGGAAGAACCACUGCAAGGGUAAGACUCUGCCUGACCUUAGCAACUGCUAAACUUGUAUUAUAAUGUACCAAAGAUAUUUUAUUAAGUUCAUAAGUUUUACGGACCGUUUUACCGGUUACUGAUAAAAUUUCUGAUACACAUAACCUUUCAGGAACUUACCUGACAGAUAAACUAAAACUUGGUUUCGCGGGCAGAAUUAUAAGCAGCCUUUUAACUGAAAAUUUAUCGGUAAUCAGUAAAACUGGACCCUACAAGGUCUUAGUAGUUUACGCUAGAUUUCAAAGUAUAUUGAAGGAAAAGUACAUCGAAAUUAACUAUUUGUGUAAUAACUAGUCGACAUCCAACUUCGACUUUUUUGAAGUCAAAAGAGAGAAAUUCUCUAUUAUAAUCUCUCUUCUCUUGUGUAUAAAUUACUAUUUUGUGUAUUAUUAACUACUUACUAUAAUAACUGCAUUUAAUAGUUCAUACCAAUUUAUAUUUAAUUGCAAAUGCAAAUCAAAACGGAAUGCACCAAAUACCUACAUAUUUUCACGGAUAUUAUAAAACCGAUUAUUAUACAUUAAAAUAAAUACAUUUUUUACA